AUGGCUGCUCCAUUUGCUCGCCUGGCGGGCAAUGCGCCCAAAAGGCUUUGUCUCCGCUCCUCCACCUUGAACAGACACACUGCUAUCUCCAGACGUUCGAUAGCUACCUCCCUCCCUCGCCGAGCGGCCGAGCCCACCAGCUACCAGGCGACGAGACUCGUCCCGACCGACCCGACCUUCACACACCUCGCAAACAAGGAAGGCAGACCUGACACCGAGUAUGCCGCAGGCCUGGAAUCCGAAGACGAAGGGGUCGGCCGCAAGGUCCGCCAUUACACUGUCAACUUUGGUCCCCAGCAUCCUGCUGCUCACGGUGUGCUUCGGUUGAUUCUGGAACUCAAUGGCGAAGAGAUUGUCCGCUCUGAUCCUCAUGUUGGAUUGCUGCACCGUGGUACCGAGAAGUUGAUUGAGUACAAGACCUACAUGCAGGCUCUGCCUUACUUUGACCGGUUGGACUAUGUGUCUAUGAUGACGAACGAGCAGUGCUUCUCGCUGGCUGUCGAGAAGCUGUUGAACGUUGAGCUUCCUGAGAGAGCCAAGUGGAUUCGGACGAUGUUUGGAGAAAUCACCCGUAUCCUUAACCAUCUCAUGUCUGUUCUUUCCCACGCAAUGGAUGUUGGUGCUUUGACACCUUUCUUGUGGGGUUUCGAAGAGCGUGAGAAGCUCAUGGAAUUCUAUGAGCGUGUGUCCGGUGCCCGUCUUCACGCCGCCUACGUCCGCCCUGGUGGUGUUUCGCAAGAUAUCCCCGUCGGUCUCUUGGACGACAUUUAUCAAUGGGCUACCCAGUUUGGUGACCGUAUCGAUGAGACCGAGGAACUUCUCACAGACAACCGUAUCUGGAAGGCCAGAACCCAGGGUGUUGGUGUUGUCAACGCUACGGACGCAUUGAACAUGAGUUUCACUGGUGUUAUGCUCCGUGGUUCUGGUGUGCCAUUUGAUAUCCGCAAGUCCCAGCCUUACGAUGCUUACGACCAGGUCGAGUUCGACGUUCCCGUUGGUGUCAACGGUGACUGCUACGACCGUUACCUUUGCCGUAUGGAGGAGUUCCGUCAAUCCCUCCGCAUCAUCCACCAGUGCUUGAACAAGAUGCCCCCUGGCCCCGUCAAGGUCGAGGACUACAAGGUCUCGCCUCCUCCCCGUGCUGCCAUGAAGGAGAACAUGGAGGCUUUGAUUCACCACUUCCUUCUGUACACCAAGGGUUACUCUGUGCCCCCUGGUGAGACCUAUUCUGCCAUUGAGGCUCCUAAAGGUGAGAUGGCCGUGUACCUGGUCAGUGACGGUAGCGAGAGACCCUACCGGUGCAAGAUCCGUGCUCCUGGAUUUGCCCACUUGGGUGGAUUUGACCAGGUUUCCCGUGGUCACUUGCUGGCCGAUGCUGUGGCUAUCAUUGGUACUAUGGAUCUUGUGUUCGGUGAAGUCGACCGGUAG